AUGUCAAGACCACGAAAACGCAUACUAGGGCUUGUGGCUUUGCUAACAGCUGCCUAUCUACUGUUUUCAAAAGAGUUUACGAGUGGUGGAAUUGGAUUAGUGACUCGUAAUAGUAACAUAUCCCAUUCAGAGUCUCCGGCGUCUGAUCAUACGGAUUCUGGGGAUGUUAGCUAUCCAAAAUAUACAGCCGGUGAGACCACAGCUCAACGGCUAGAUUUACUCAAGAAACUACAAGAUCUUGAGCAACAAGAACUGCAUUAUCAACAAAGUGAAGAUUCGAGGCAUAAAUUCAGGCUUCAAAAUACGUUUGCUGAACAGCAAUCAUCUGAGUUUGCUGCGUUAGAGAAUGCAACGUUCGUAACAUUAGCCCGAAACAGUGAUCUUUUGGGGCUUAUGAAUACGAUCAGAUCUGUGGAAGACCGAUUUAAUAACCGAUAUCACUAUGACUGGGUUUUUCUAAAUAAUGAGCCGUUUACUGAAGAGUUCGUCAAGGUAUCGUCAAGUUUGGUAUCCGGACAGGCAAGAUAUGGUGUGAUAGGCUUGGAUCAUUGGAGCUAUCCUGAUUGGAUCAACAGAACCGCUGCCGCAGAGGUCCGUAACAAAAUGAGGAAUGCGGGGAUUAUUUACGGAGACUCCGAAUCGUAUCGACAUAUGUGUAGAUAUGAAAGCGGCUUUUUCUAUCACCAUCCAUUGAUGCGAGAAUAUAAGUACUACUGGCGGGUUGAACCUGAUACGUUACUACAUUGUGAUAUUGAUUAUGAUGUGUUCAAGUACAUGAGAGAAGAAAAGAAAAAAUAUGGUUUUACUAUUGCACUUCGAGAAUAUAUCUCAACAAUAGAAUCCCUGUGGGAUGUUACAAGACAAUACCUAAGUCACGUUCCAGAUGCAUUAAAUUCAAAUAGUCUUCUAGAGUUUAUUAGUGACGACUACGGAGUUACAUACAACCUAUGUCAUUUUUGGACGAACUUUGAAAUAGCUGACAUGGACUUCUGGCGGGCUCCACCAUAUCAAGAUUAUUUCGACUUUCUAGAUAAGGCUGGUGGCUUCUUCUAUGAGCGUUGGGGGGAUGCACCUGUACAUUCAAUCGCAGCGUCUCUAUUUCUCGACAAAAAAGAAAUCCAUUUUUUCGAUGAUAUUGGAUAUACACACCCUCCAUUUACACACUGCCCUAUGAAUCCCAUUGAGCGUGGACUCACAUGCUCCUGUUUACCAACGCAGAACUUUGACUGGCAAUCGUACAGCUGCACGAGGCAGUUCUAUAAGGCUCAAAAUAUGCCACUACCUGAUAAUAUCCCAAAUGCUUGA